AGAUCGUAGAAAUUUGAAAAAAAGGACCACUUAUCGUUAGGGUCCACAGUAUCGAUCCUUUUAACGAAAAAUCCAUCGAAAUCAAGAGUUACGCGUAUCUAAUUAUUAGUCGAGACGAAUGUUGCUAAUUAAUCAGAAAAACGCAAAAGUAUUUGGACACCGUUCGAUUUCCUAUUAACACAGAUAAUAUAUUCGUACAAAUUUUCUACAUUUACCAAAUGUCCAACCGGGCAAAUUGUAAAGUACAAAUUAAAUAAUAAAACAAAAAUUUUCUCCGACAAAUGUUUCGAUAAUUUCCCGUAUCGCUGUAAUCCAUACAAAUGUUCGAUUCGUCGACAAAUCUGCGUUCCUCGUGUCUGUACGAUUGAACUUUCGAUCCCUGAAACUCCCUAAAACGUACAUCUCGUUGGUUGGGAAGGUUACUCGUCCAUUUGAGAUUCACGAAAAGGAUUUAACGUCUCGUCUAAUCCCGUUAAACGUGCCGUAUCACGUACGGAUAUCGACCUAUCCGUUUUUCGCGAAGGAAAGAGAAUCGUCAAAGGAAGAGCCAGAGAAAGGAACAGGAGGGAAGGAGAGUCAAGAUCAGGAUUUCAAUCUCGAGAGAUCGUAUUGUCGGUCUGGAACGAGCGCUGCACUUGAAACUUGCAUUAUUUAGUGAAAGUUUCAGGCGUCGUUUGAAUAUCGUCGAAGGUUAAAUUUACGUGUUCUCGCGAGCGAACGAGAAUUGAUUAAAGAUGAUCGGCUGAUGAAUUGGAUGAUCUUUACUCCGAGUUUCGCGUACCGUACUUGAAACAGUGUCGUUUGUCGAUCGAACCACUGUCGCGUAAGAAAGAAAAUUGCCGGGACAAGCGACGAGUUUCGAAUGUUUCCUUUGGCAGAAAUUUUGCAUAUCAGAAACGAGGAUAGGUAGCUUCCCUUUCUUUAAAUAACAAAUAUUUAGGCUUAACGUUAUACAGUGGAUUUAUUCCUAUGGUUUUAUCACGUUUCAAUAGUUCGGUUGAAGUAUCGAUUAAUUUAUAAAGCGUUACAGCAACGCGUCGCUCGAUGAAAGACAAAACGAACGUAAAAAUGUUCCGUUUGAAAACGUGUUUCUUUACUUUUAAAUAGUGAAAUUGUAAUCGUACAGGCCAUUGCGAAAUACAUCGAGUAUCGUACACCGAUUGAUGUAGAAAGGCAAAGAUGACACAAAGAAAAUGAUAAAACUUGAAUGUCCUUCGCAUUUAAAACGGUAGACAGAACAUUUGAACUAAGAAGAGCUUCCGUGUAGCCGUGCUACACGAACAAACAAAUCAUUUUGUGGUUUUCUGUGUUUCAGUUGCAGACCUUUAAGCCGGAAUAAAGAAUCACGGAAACGAACGUGAUCGGUCAUGCUCGGCGACUUCGUGUAAAAAUGACGAGGAAAUAGCAGUCUCGAGGUUUCAUGGACGGGUUUGUCCGAAGAAAAGCCGUCUCCUCUCCCGUCUACUCGUCUCUCUCAGGACUAUCGUCCAUCGUACGAUCGAUGGCCGUUUCUUUUUUCUCUCGUCGACCUAUCAUUACAAUGAUAAUGGAGUUGUUUUCCCAAUCCUUCGGGCUUUGACGGGCCAACGUAUUUAGGCGCGGUUCCACCGACGAAAAGCAGACAGACAGUGCCACACGAGCAACAUCGUAGUACGCUACUUGGAAACAGAAGUUGGAAGAAUUUGAGAAAUUCAGUGGAGGAAAAGAUAGGAAUAUACAUGGGCAGUAAUAUAAAGUAGAGAACGUUGGAACGUCGAGGUUACAAGUGAGAAACUGUCAUAGAAGCUCAGGCAGAACUUGCAGGAAUUUAUCAAACUACACGAAAGAGGAGAUAGAGACGUACAGCUGAAGUAACGCGAAACAGAGGACGUUGGAAUGUUAAGAUACGAACGAGCAGCUUUCAUAUAAGGAGCUUAGGCAAAACUUUGGAGAACUUGAGGAAUUAGAUCGAAGAGGACAAGGCAUACGAAGAAGAUACUUGAAUGUUAAGAUCGCAAGUGAGAAACUUUCUGUUCGAAUAAAGGAUAAAGCAACAUCGAGUGGAAAAUAGGAAUCAACGUAGAACGAGGAACAUCGAAGAAUACUAACGGCGCGAACGAGGAAUGUUCACGGAAGAAAGUUGCAACGUUUAAGGGUGCUGCUUUGACGAUGAUAUAGUAUCCGAUGUCAAAAGCUUCUUCCUCCAGUGUAAACUUGAUCGGAUAGACGCAGGACACGCUGGUUGAGGUGUUGUGGACGACCAAAACAGCUGAAACGCGAAAAGAAAAAAAUAAACGGUGAAAACUUAAAGAUGAGCAAUUCGAUGGCUCCAACAAUUAUUUUCUUCGUUAUCUUGUUAGUCUGUAAUUGCACGAUGGGUUACAAUAUCCUGCUGGCCACUAUGGGUGGCACGAAGUCGCACACCGUGCCAUUUGUGGCACUGGGUAGCAGUUUGAAGGCACGUGGACACAACGUGACCCUGUUGAGCGCGUUUCCGGGACCAGCUGCGAACAGCGGAUUGCAAGAGUUCGUUCCGCCUAUCUUCGAGGCUUAUGUCGGGAAUUACACGUCCGAAUGGGACUUGGUUGGCGCAAGAUUCCGAGAUGAAAUGCCUAUCUCUCCGUGGGACGCAAUGCGAUAUGCCUGGGAGGCAUGCGAGGCGCUUCUUCGCGACGAAAUCUCCGUAUCUUGGCUGAGAAGACCCGAAGGCAAUUCUCAGACGCGAUGGGACGUCGCGGUCGUCGACGGAGCCUUCCCCGAGUGCCUUCUAGGAGUUCUUCAUGGCGAGGAUGUGCCCACUAUCAUGCUGAAUACCGUGGCACUAUACAGCGGAUCCAUAAGUCGCCAAGGGAACCCAUCGCCAUGGUCCGUCACGCCUUACUUUGGCAAAUCCCUGACCCAGGACAUGAACUUCUUUCAAAGGGUUCUAAACGUAGCCUGUCUCGUCACCUUGAGAAUAAUGCACUGGAUUAUGGUCAGCGGGUACCUUCAACCGGUUCUGAGAAAGUACCUAGGGAACCAGUUACCAGACGUGCGAGAUCUGACCACGGAGAUUCCUCUGACGUUGCAGAACAGUCAUUACAGCGUGGCGGAGUCGGUGCCGUAUUUAGCGAACGUGGUGAACGUCGCGUGUCUGCAUUGCAAGCCGGCGACAAAGCUUAGUCCCGACUUGGAGAGCUUCUUGCAACGCGGUUUCAUAUUCGUAUCUAUGGGUUCGUCGGUUCGAGCAUCAGGAAUGCCAGAGGCACUUCGUCAAAUUUUCGUGGCAGCCUUCGCCACGCUUCCGUACAACGUCGUGUGGAAAUGGGAAGCUAUGAAGAUCAAAGAUCUGCCGUCGAACGUCAGAACGGCGGCAUGGUGGCCUCAGCAAGAGCUGUUAGGCCAUCCGAAGCUACAAGCGUUCGUCUCACACGGAGGACUUUUGUCUUUGCACGAGGCUGCUUAUCACGCCGCCCCGACCCUCGUUUUGCCUGUUUUCUGCGAUCACGAUGGAAACGCGGCACAAGCUGAAAAACUGGGUUACGUUCUGGUGAUGGACUUGGCUAGGAUAUCCAUCGGAAGUUUUCGUGAUGGGAUUCUCAAGGUGGCUGCCAUACACAACAAUUCGUACCGAAUGGCAGCGAGGAAGAGAAGCUCGUUGCUACGGGAGUUGCCAAUUAACCCCAGAAAACUGGCUACUUGGUGGGUAGAACACGUUGCCAAGUACAAAGGAGCUGAGCAUUUAAAAAGUUCUACAAGAUAUAUGAAUGUUAUUCACUAUUAUUCCAUCGAUGUGGCAAUGUUUUACGCGAUAGCGUUAUUACUAUCGGUAUACGGACUGAAGAAAUUGUGUUGGAGAACUAUUUCCAAACAAAUUGUCAGGAAGAAAAUCGACUAGACUGUGAAUAGUGUCAAUUUCGUUUUCUGUGAAAUUAUCAUGUAUUUAUUUAAUAUGUUUAGUACCUUUUAAUACCGUUUAUGGAUAUUUUAGCGAUUUUUGAUAUUGCCUAUAUAAAUAUCUUACGAUUAGAUUUAAAAUAUUUUCUUAAAAAUCUAAACAUUUCUAUCCUCUUUACUGUGCUUGAAUUAAUAUGUAAUAUAGUAAAAUAAGCUCUGUUUAGAUGAAAGAAGAAAUAAUUAAAAGUAAAAAUUAGUGAUUAUUCAGAAAAUGAUAAUAUCGACGUAUAACAGGUUUCUACGUUAACUACUAUUGAUGUAGCGGACCGAAUGUAUCUUUGAAAUCUCACGGAAUGAUGCAAUGUAGUUUACAUUGCACAUGCAAUUUGCACAUUGCAAUUUGCAAAGUCUAUGGUUUAAACUAGAAGCGCGAAAAUAUAUUGAAACAAUCUUUUUGAGACUAUAUGCAAUUCAUAAAACUAUAAACAUCCGGUUGUUCGGCAAUUGAAUAAAAGCGAACUUGUUUACAAACAUUCGAAUCAAAAGCUAUUCUGACAUGUUAUAUGUAUAUUGCCUGCAUAACCACUCUCCGAUGUAAAUAAGAGAAACCAGAUAUAUAUCAUGAACAUUGAUAUAAAUCACUUCUGGCAAGAUGUUUUUGCUUAUGCAACCUUCAACAAGAUAAAUAAAAAAUAGUACUCGCUUCAAAACAAAGACUCAACGAUAAGAAGUCUUUUUUACGUAGAUAUCUACUCUUAUGCAACCUUCAACGGGAUAAAUAAAAAACAGUAUUCGUUGCUUCGGAACAAAGACUCAAUAAUAAAUAUUCUUGAAAACAAGUUUCUACCGA